AUGAACCAACCUGGUAAAUCUCUAGGGGUGAUUGGCCUUGGUGGCCUAGGUCACAUGGCAGUGAACACUAGCAUAUCCAAGAAAGAGGAAGCUUUAAGUCAGCUGGGUGCAGAUAACUUUGUGGUCUCAUCUGACAGAAAUCAGAUGAAGGCCCUGGUGAAGUCAGUAGACUUUAUAAUUGAUAUAGCAUCUGGUGAUCACCCUUUUGAUCAAUACAUGGAACUAUUGAAACUGGUGGAGUUCUGGUCUUAUGGUGGGAUUCCCCAGUGA